AUGUCCUUCUGGUGCUCGGACUGCGGCGCGAGCCCUUCGGACGAUGAGGAGGACGAGGAGGAGGGGGAGGAAGUGGUGCUUAGCGUCUACGAUGUGUCGCACAGUGAGAAGAUCCACCUGGCGAACGACGUGCUGCACAAGCUCGGAACUGGCAUCUUCCAUGCGGCAGUACAGGUCUAUGGCAAAGAGUGGAGCUACGGAAAAACGCAUGGGCCGAGCACGGGCAUCUUCAGCUGCCACCCGAGAGGGUGCAAGGCCCACAACUUCAGGGAGUCGGUCCAGAUGGGCAAGACGCGCCUCACGGAGGAGGAAGUGAAUGCGACGAUUGAGUCGAUGAAGCCGGAAUGGCCCGGGCGGGAGUAUGAAUUGCUCCACCUCAACUGUACGCACUUCUCCGACGAAUUCUGCAGACGGUUGGGUCUGGAGAGGAUUCCGGCGUGGGUCAGGAACCUGGCCCCAGCGGGUGCCUUCUGCACCGGAGGCAUUGUCUACAUCAAGAACGUUGGCACGGCUCCCUCCGUCCUGGCCGCGGCGAAGGCCGGGGAAGUGGAGGUGGAAAUUCUGAACAUCCUUCAACGUGGGAAGGAGCUUCGACAGGCGAAGCCCUCGGCGCACUACCACUUCGGGGACUUCACGCGCGGGCUGGUGCAGAUCGGCCGGGACGUGCGCCACACCGAUCCCAACGACAGGGUGCAUCUCAGGGACCUGAUGGCGGGAACCAAGGCCGUGAUCCUGCGAAAGCAGACGCCCAAGGAGGAAUCGCUCCUCACGUUGCCGUGA